UCGCAGUCGUUACCAGUGAUAGCAGGGUAUUAGGAGUGCGAUAGUUUAUAUAUAUAUAUAUGUAUUAAAUAGCCUUGAUAUGCCACACAGGUGUACUACAUACCUGUCAGUCACUGCUCUGGAUCUUGCGGACGAAAUAUAGACGUUUGUUUAAAGAGAAUUCUAGAAAUUGUGGAUUUUUAUUCGUUUUAUAAUACUACCUGCGCAUCAGUUCAUAAGCGUACAAUUUGUUUAACGUCUGAAGAAAAAACAACAACUUUUAUUUGUGAUAGAUCUGGUUUAGGCGGUUAUAGAUUUAAAAGAAAAGGACUAUGUGGACACAAUGUUGAACAUUGUGAAAUUAAACACCAUUGACUGAUAAUAAUACACAUUACUUGAUAACUUCAUGAGACGAAAUACUGGUUUUUAUCAUGGACUAGUGAGCACCAGUGUUUACCUAUUUCCUUGUUAUAUUACGCGAGGAUGUCGUCGUAAUACGUGUUAUAAGACUACUGUGUGUCGCUAGAUGGCCGCAGCCUCUGUAGCAAUGGGUGAAGGAACAACUGUAGGAUCAGGGGGUGACGUGAAACCGCUCCCCUCAAUAGUUAUCACAAGGUCGCCUGAUAAUCAGGAUUCACGUCGGCAUUGGGCCGCUGAGAAAAUCCAGCUGAAGUUACUGACAUCGGAGGAGAAGUACCGAAGUUAUGUGCUAUAUAACCAAAUUGAUGCGUUUGAGGAUAAAAUUUAUCGCUGUCAUGAUAACUUCAACGCCGAUCUGAUGUUUAAAAUGCUCAAAGAACUAACAAAACGUAUAAAGGGAUCAAAGGACAUCCACACGGUUGCUGGACUUCGUCAGGCGUUCAAAUCGGAAGCAAGGCGUAUACACAUGCGCAAUAGAGGCCGGAAACCAGGCUUUCAGACAAACGUAGCACCGGACACAAUGAUGCAAUAUUUUGCGUGGUUUUUCGAUUACUUGAAAUACCUACGGGAGCUACGGUCAAAUUUUGUUGAUCGAAUCUUUAAUCCAUUGUUCAAGUAUUUCCUUGAAGUGGCUAGUGCCGCACCAGAUCGGGAAAGGUCUGUAGACUCUGCCAUGUCCGUAUCGAAUUUAAGUCUUGUGUCUAACAGCUCUUUCGAUAGUAGUCUCAGUGGAUUGACGGGACUGUCAGGCUGGAGCUCGUUCGCCUACUCUGACGCGGACAGCGAGGCAUCUUCUGAUGACAUUCACGAGACACGGAAACGGAUGUUGUCGCGUGCAGCUCUACUUUUACUCGGACGCGAAUUCCGGGACAUCAAAAAUUUGUAUGACAAUACCGAAAUUGAAAACAUUGCUCAGAGACUGUCUGUCCUUAAAGAACGGAUUGAUUUCUUGCUCGACAACGAAAACAGUAUAAGCUAUGAAAUGUUCAGCCAAGACAGCGAACAAUCGGUACAUCAUUUGAAACUGAAAAACGUGAGAAUACAUUGUUUAAUUCGUGUGCUGCCUGAUGUGCUUGUGAAGUUUCAGAAGGCAGCCUGGCUCGCGAGACGAUGGCUUCGACUUGACGACAAGAAAACAAAGGAUGUCAGUGAAAAGUUAGACAAGUUGGCCGCUAUCGAGGAACAGUUGUCUCGUCGUCUGUCAGUGUUAUCAAAGGAUAUUAGCACCAGACAACAAGAACUAGACAGGGACUUAAAGGAGCUCCAGCGCCUCAUGAAGCGCGAGGAGCGCUCAAAUGAGCUCCAUGUAGCAAUACACGAGACUGAAGAAAGACGAAUUAAGCUUGAAGCGAGCCUUGACAAAUUAGAAUCCGAGAAAAACGAACUUGCCAAAAAUAUUCAAUCCGCCGUUCGAUACCGAAAACAGUCUGAAUACAAACAGAUACGGACUAUGUACGAGCGAAACAGGUUACAACGUUACGCGUUAGAGAGACAGAUCGCCACAGUGAAAUUUCACCAGAAUCUGGUACAGAAAGACAUUCACAUCGAGCUGGAAGUCAAACCUGAUCUUAUUCACUUCACAAACGACGUACAGGAUCGGUGCGAGGAGCUUGAGAAUUUACUAGAGCGUGAAAAGAAGGAGAAGAGGACGCUUCAGGCGGCCCUGCUUCCCGUUGUCAAAGAUAAAGAAAUGUUAACCGAAAGGCUACACGACUCCGGAAGUAUGGUUCCCACGCCGUUUCGGAACAAUUACGUUGCCGAGUACGUAGGCAGUCGGCAUCUUAAAUCGACAACGAAUGCCAAGUACGUCAAGUCUAUGGAGAACGGCCGAACAUUUCCAACACAUUUGCACGAUGGGUUGAAUGGGAACAACAGGAACUCGGACAACAGUUUGUCUGCCGAUUGGUCUUGAAACUUUGAAUGUAACUCUUUACUCACAAACACGUAAUUUAAAAGCGGAAUACAUAUUAUGCUACCCACUUUUAAGGACGCACAUAACCUACUGUGAUAUGCGCCUCCUUUCAAAAAGACUUCCGAAUUUAAAAACCUAAAACAAAACUUAGGUGAUGUCAAUUUAACUAUUUUUACAGAUGC